UUAAGUCUUCUCCGCGGCGCGGAGCCGCGAUGUCUCCGGCGGCUGUGGCGGCUGGAGGAGGCAACCGACGGCGGCCGAUAGCGAGUGUCAGGGAGGGCCGCGGCUGGGGCUGUGGCCGGCCGGCCGGGGCGGCGCUUCUCGGCCUGUCGCUGCUCGGCCUCGUGCUGUACCUGGUGCCGGCGGCGGCUGCGCUGGCCUGGCUUGCUGUGGGGGCUACUGCGGCCUGGUGGGGACUGAGCCGCGAGCCCCGAGGUUCGCGCGCGCUCUCCUCGCUCGUUUGGAACGCGCGGCGUCGGCGAACACUGCUCGCCUCGCCUCCUGCCAAAUCGGCAGCAAACGGAAAUCUCCUAGAGCCGCGGAGCCCGCUCGAAGGACCCGACCCCGCUGAACUGCUCCUCAUGGGCAGUUACCUGGGCAAGCCCGGCCCUCCGCAGCCUGCCCCCGCCCCGGAGGCUAGGGACGUGCGGGAGAGGCCGGGCCGCCGCCCUCCCGUCCGCACCGCGUCCCCGGCUCAGUCGGCACAUCCCCAGCGUGUUCAAGUUCACCCCUCCCUCCCCACUUCUCUUCUCCGACCCUCCAGGAGGGCUUCCUACCGGGACUGUGGGACUUUAUCACAUCGGUUUGUAGUAACACCUCGAAGGCGAUAUCCAAUCCAGCAGGCCCAGUAUUCCUUGCUGGGGGUACUUCCCACAGUAUGCUGGAAUGGUUGUCACAAGAAGACCGUGCUGUCUCCUCGUAAUUCCAAAAUGGUGUGCAGCCCAGUGACAGUGAGGAUUGCGCCUCCGGAUAGCAAACUGACUCGUUCUCCAUUACCAGAACAGAUUAUCAACUCAACACUGUCUUCACCAUCAACUACUGCCCCAGAUCCAUGUGCAAAGGAGACUGUACUGAACGCCCUCAAAGAGAGAAAGAAAAGGACAGUGGAGGAGGAAGACCAAAUAUUUGCUGAUGGCCAGGAAAAUAAAAGAAGGCGCCAUGACAGCAGCGGGAGCGGACACUCCGCGUUUGAGCCCCUGGUGGCCAAUGGAGCCCCUGCUGCUUUUGUGCCCAAGCCUGGGUCUCUGAAGAGAGGUCUUAAUUCACAGAACUCAGAUGAUCACCUGAAUAAGAGAUCCCGCACCUCUUCUGUGAGCUCCCUGACAAGCAGCACGUACACAGGUGGUAUCCCCAGCUCCAGCCGCAAUGCCAUCACCAGUUCCUACAGCUCCACGCGUGGUCUCUCUCAGCUGUGGAAGAGGAGUGGUCCCAGUUCAUCUCCAUUCUCUAGCCCAGCCUCAUCCCGCUCCCAGACACCAGAGAGGCCAGCAAAGAAAGUCAGAGAAGAGGAGCUUUCUCAUCAUUCUAGCUCUUCGGCUCCGUUGGUAACAGACAAGGAGUCCCCGGGAGAAAAGGUUGCCGAUCCAACCACGUGGAAGAAGCAGAACUCAUGGAAUUCCCCAUCAACACCUGGCAGCUCCGGGCAGCGUAAACGGAAGGUUCAACUGCUGCCCUCUAGGCGAGGAGACCAGCUGACCUUGCCUCCACCUCCCCAGCUUGGUUAUUCGAUCACUGCUGAGGACUUGGACUUGGAAAAGAAAGCUUCGUUACAAUGGUUUAACAAGGUCUUAGAGGAUAAGACUGACGCUGCCUCGACCUCUGUCACCGAGGCCCCACCUGCCAGUCAGUCUUCCUUCACUUUGACCCUGCCUGCCACUGGGACUGCUUCAUCCCCAACCUCCCUCCAAGCCCCUAGCGCUAACACCCUGUUGGAGAGCUUGAAGAAGAUGCAGAAUUCCCCGGGGCUACCUUCCCUCCCUGAGCCUGCUGGAGUGACCACCCCUGUGGCCGAUUCGCCACACCGUCACAUCUGCAGUAUUCCAGAUUUGCUUUCUCCACUUUCUUUCUCCACAGAGCCUGCUGCAGUGACCACUACUGUGGCCGAUUCACCCCCAAAGACACCCAGUCCUCUGGCCUCUCUGAGCUCCUCACAGUCAGGAGCACUUCCAGCCACCUCCUCCGACUCCAGAUCCACCACUGCUCUCUUGGGGCUGACCCGGGCUUCUUCCCCAGGACCCGUCACCGAUGCCGCCAAGUCCUCUCCGGCCCCUACAGCUGAGACAUCCACCAAAUCUCAGGCCCUGUCCACCCCGCCUCCCAGCCCCAAGCAGAGCAUCCUGUUUGGAAUGCUGAGCACCUCAGCUGCUAACCCUCCUGCCUCUGUAGCCCCUGCUAUGUCUUCAGCAUCGCCCAUGUUCAGGCCCAUUUUUGUGGCCCCCCUGAAAAGCGAGAGUGGGGACCCCUUGCCCUCUAGCCCUUCCACGGUCACGGCCGUGGCAUCUUCUAGCUCGGCCCUCCCCACGACUACCAGCAGCACAGCCCCCGCUUUCAAGCCAGUCUUUAGCAGUGUGGGGCCACCCACAUCUGUGCCCGGGCUAACUCCCUUCUUCAAGCAAACAGCUACUCUGGCCACUACCACGAGUGCCCCUCUCUUCACCGGCCAGGCCACUGCCACCUCCACAGUGACUUCCGUGACCACAGCCAGCACCUCCACAGACUCUGCUCCGAAGCCCGCGUUCAGCUUCGGUGUGAGCAGUGUGACCAGCACCCUGAGCAGUGUGACCAGCACCGCUGCUUCUGCCUCCCAGCCCUUCCUCUUUGGGACUCCCCCGACUUCUGGUGCCAGCUUCACCCCAGCUGGGGGCUCCAUAUUCCAAUUUGGCAAGCCUCCCGCCAUGCCCACCUCCACAUCAGUCACCACCUUUGGCCAGUCGCUUCCCAGUGCCCCUCAGACAGCCCCCAGCAGCAGCAGCAGCAGCAGCAGCACUGGCUUCAGCGGUUUUGGCAGCAGCCUCAGCACCUCCGCUCCAGCCACCACCGGCCAGCCCACGCUGACGUUCAGCAGCACCGCCACCCCAGCCUUCAACAUUCCCUUUGCCUCGGGCACCAAGCCCACUCUCCCAUCCUACCCGGGCGCCAACCCCCAGCCCACCUUCGGGGCCGCCGAGGGGCAGCCGCAGGGGGCUGCCAAGCCGGCUCUCGUGCCCAGCUUUGGCAGCUCUUUCACUUUUGGAAACUCUGCAGCCCCAACCCCAACUGCGACCCCAGCGCCGACCCCAGCCCAGCCAGCGUUCGGCGGCGCCGCUCAGCCGGCGUUUGGCAGUCUGAAAGCCACACCCUCCGCCUUCGGCACCUCCACCAGCACCCGGCCAGCCUUUGGCAGCACCACAGCUGUUUUCUCGUUUGGUGCGGCCACCACCUCUGGCUUUGGCGCUACCACCCAGACUACCAGCAGCGGGACCAGCAGCUCAGUGUUCGGCGGCACAACACCGUCGCCCUUCAUGUUUGGGGGACCAGCCACCCCGGCUGGGAGUGGGGCCUUUGGGAUGAGUGUGGCCACCCCGGGCACCAGCGCUGCCUCUGGAGCGUUCGGCUUCGGGGCAGGACAGAGUGGGACCACUGGCAGCACAGCGCCUUUUGGGGGAGGCUUGAGUCAAAACAGCUUGGGCACACCCAACCAGAGCACAUCCUUUGCCUUCAGUGUGACCAGCACACCGGACAGCAAACCUGUGUUUGGAGGCACCUCCACGCCCACCUUCGGUCAGAACACCCCAGCCCCUGGGGUGGGAGCAGCUGGCAGCAGCCUCUCCUUUGGGGCGUCCUCAACACCUGCCCAAGGCUUUGUCGGAGUUGGACCUUUUGGAUCGACAGCCCCUUCCUUUUCCAUUGGUGCGGGAUCCAAGACCCCAGGGGCUCGACAGCGGCUACAGGCCCGGAGGCAGCACACCCGCAAGAAAUAGCCUUCGUCCCUCACCCAGCCCCCCACCACCCUUUGCCCAAAUCCGGACCUCGGCACCUGCUAGGAAGAGCCUCUGAUCCUUCUGGUUCCGCCACGCAGACCAACCCCAGGCCUCUGGCUUCAGCCCGCAGGGAGGUAGUGGCAGCGCCAGGGGCUGUUUCCCUCUCUCAGGAAGCAGAAGCCCCAGGUCGGGGGGGUCAUGGGGGGAGGGAUGUGGCAGGGCAGAAGCUGUUACCUUACUUGAACAGUUGAACUGGUGAAGCUGGAGAGAACUAAAGAAACAUCUGUACAUACUGUCCACUUCCUUCCCCGACGCUCGUGUAGUGUGUGAGCUCAGGCAGGCAGCCCGCUGCCCACCUCCUCCCUGACAGCCAUCUUGGCCGGAGGCCAGCAGGUCAAGCCCUGCUGCCUGCAUCUCUGUGCACUUGAUGGGUUGGGGUGGACCGUCCCCGAAGCCGCACCGGGCUUGGCUUGGCUGUACAAGUGGCUUUCCCCCUCCAGUCCCAUGAGGGGACUGUUUCCCCACUUCUUGCUGCUUCAUCCCUCACCGGUUCCUUGCAGGGUCAAUUCCUUUUAAAAUGAUCCUGAGUCUAGCUUUGCCUUGGAGACCCCAGCGGGUGCAGCUCCUGCUAUUCCACUUCCUCCUGCCAAGUCCGAGCCGACCUUUCACCCCCAACCCACUCUGCCAGUUUGGCCCCUCAAAGCUUGGUGGCUCAAGACUGUUAGCCUGGCAGACCCAGGGGUGGUACCUCCCUCAGGAGAGGGAAGCUCUUGGCACAGGCAGGACACACCGCACAUACACAGACGCCCCACCCCGCUGCUUUCAGCUGCCUGCUCACCCAUCGUCCCCAUUGGCCUCCCGGGCCCGUCUGCCUCUCCGGGAUCGUCUGUUUAAAGCUUUGUCCUGUGUUACUUUGUCUGAUGCUCAUAUGUCUGUUGCUCUUUGAAUCGAGUUUGGAGGAAGAAUUGAAUUGUGUGAGUGGCGGCAUGUUGGUAGUGCCGGACUUAACUGUUGCUCAAGUUUCUGGGGCCUCGCUCAUCGAGUGUGGAAAGUGGCACCACUCUGUGGCUCCAAGUGCCGAGUCUUGAAUUCUCACAUGGUGUUUCGACUUUAAAGGGCUGGCAGCCCAGGAGGACAGGGCCAUGGGGAAGGGCUUCUGCCCUAUGCUCACUCUUUCCCACCUACCUGACCUCAGUGUCUGUAGUAUAUGGUAGAAACCCUAAAUUAAUGAACCACUUUUUAAAAUUGCCGUCUUCCUCCCUCCCUUCCCUUCCCUCUCCCUUUGUUCCCAACCCAAGCCCCUUACCCCAGGCCCAUGAGCCUUGCUGCCAUGCCCAUCCUCUUUGGGAGAAGUAUGAAUGCGUGUGUCUAAAUUAAAAAAAAUAUUUAAACAUUUUUUAACAAUAAAAAUUUAUUUUUGUAUUUAAGCUAAAUUGCCUUUUAAAUUCCUUCAAGCUUGGUUCAUUGAGGUGGUUCAGUAUAAAUGCUAUUUGACUAGAGAUUAGUUGUGUAGAGUUAAGUUAUGCCUGUGUGAAGAAGAGGCUCAGGUGCUGUCCCGGCAGCAUUCCUGAGGGACUUGAGCUCCUUCUGGAAACAGAAAAAUGUAAUUCUUAUUUUAUGAAUAAUGUGACGUAGGUGUAACUAGUCCCCUCCCCUUUGUGACUGAGGGUGAAUGGUUCGUGGCGGGGGACACGCCUCCACACCCCGAGAGCUCUGUUGCGUGUGGAGCUGGUGGGGGGGCCUGAGUCCCGGGUACCUGCUCGGAUGGGAGGGAGCGGGCACGGGUCUAGAAAUCGGGCUGCUGCCUAUACCUCACGGAAGGUAGACCCUCGGCUCGAUUACCUCAGCUCCACAGGCAGGACAGCUGGUCCAGGAGCCCCCCGCCCCAAGUGUGAGCGCGUGAAUGUGGGUGUGGACACGUACGUGCACUGGACAGGGACGGGAGGCUGGGACUUUCCAUUAUAAACGAAGACUGAAUUCCUGUGAGUCUAGUUGGAAUUUUUAGUAUGAAUGUGAGAUUUUUCUCCUUGCUUAUGUCAUUAAGAAUAAAAAAACUGUGAUCUAUCGUA